UCAAGACGUGCGGGAAAAGGAGAGGAAGACACACCACAAUCUCUCCGGAAAACAUUGACCUAUGCUGAGUCUGAGUAGCUGUUUGUUUGGGGUUUUGAAAGAAGAUCACCUUAUAUUUGCCAUUGUUACAUUUGUGCUCGACACAUUACAAAAUGGGUCCGAAGAAGUUGAAGCCGGCAAAAAAGGGAGUGGGACCAAUGGACGGAUUUUUAACGAAAAAAACAGAAAACCAGAAUGGGAGACGCAGCGAGCCUUCCGAUUUACAACCUGUUGCAGAGACAGACAACCAGAAUGGGAGACGCAGUCUACCUCCUAAUUUACAACCUGUUGCAGAGACAGACAACCAGAAUGGGGGAAACAUUCAACCCUCUGAUUUACAACCUGUUGCAGAGACACACAACAAAAGUGUGGGAAGCAGCCAACCCUCUGAUUUACAACCUGUUGUAGAGAAGACAGCCAACCAAAACGGGGAAAGCAGUCAACCUCCUGAUUUAAAACCUGUUGCAGAGGGAGCAGAGCCACAUGAAACCCAUCAUUUCGAGUGGAGCUUGAGUGGUGACAACAAACCAACGGCGGUCUCCUGCAAUAAAGCGGGUACUGUUGAGGACGUGCUCAAAAGAAGUUCACAAUUUAGAAACAUCUCAAAAAAGAACCUAAACAGAGAGCUGGUUAUUAUGAGAGAUGGAAAAGCCAUCAGUUCCCACUUCCCAUGCUGCUUAAUUAAGAACAAUGAACGACUGACUGUUAAGUAUGUUAAAGCCUCUAAAAAUGCCAAGCAACUGGUUAAUGGCUCUGUUCAUCGCAAAACAAAGCGGCGGUCUGGCGAGCUUGUGAUGUUUCAUUUACUGACUAAGGGAGAUAAAGAUGUGGUUAAUAUCAUGAGAAACCGCACACUGACAAACAUUUCGGAAAUUACUGUUUAUGCGUACAAAGAUGAAAAGGUGAAGCAAGCUCUGAGAAGAGAUGGUCGUUUACUGGAUAUUGUGUUCACAAAGAACUGUGUGCUCUCUAACACAAGCUCUGAAGUAAUCACUGAAAUGUCCAACCUGGUGGACGAUCUUGAUGGUAAACGUUUUAAGAUCAUACUCCUCAAUAAGGAGAAUCCACCAGAAAGUCAGCCCGAGAGUCUUGAACUUGAUGGCAUGCAAAUCACUGAUCCCAGUGGAGACCAAGCUCCUCCAAAGCAGUCUACCACAAAUGACUCCCUGAAUGAAAACACACCAAACCAGAAACCAACGCUAAAUGGAAACAUGGCACCAGGAAGCAUGUGUGAGAUACCUAAUUCAAAGGAGAUGAAGGGUCACCUACUUGUAGAGUUCCAACAUUUGGUUAAAGGGAAGAAAACUCAAAAGCAAACUCAGCUUUCUCGGAUCCAGAGACUCUUCCGUGUAGAUUAUGGAAAAAACGUGCAGACAUGCAACGAAGUGAAAACAAUGAAAAAACUGAUGGAUCUGAGUAAUUCGGUUUGCCAUGUGAGAAUAAAUGGUAGAUCAGGGGGAAGUGGCUUCCUCCUGUUUGGCAAGUUUGUCCUCACAAAUGGCCAUGUAAUUAAGGGCAUUUAUAAUGAGAGUGAAAGGCAGCUGACUGAGGAAGUCACUGUCCACUUCUCUUAUGAAAGUCUUGGCCAGGUGGAUCCAGGAGCAGCAGUGGAGGAGGAGGUUGUUGGCUUUGAGUGCUGUUGUGAUGUUUCAGGGCAUACGAAUGACUGGGCUUUGUUGAGGCUCUGUGCUGACCAGGAGUUGCCUGAUGUUCUGUUAAAACACUUCAGUUUCCUUCCCCAAAGGGGUGGAAUCUGCAUCAUCGGGUAUCCUAUGGGUGCUGUGAAACAGAUAGAUCAUUGCUUGAUUGUUCCAAGAGAAGGCCUAAAUCAGAUUGUGGAGAGGCAUCAACAACAAAACCCAGAGGGUGAUUUUACAAACAGUCAAGUGCCCAUUCAGUUGGUUACUGACCAGUUCUUUGAUGGUGUGAAAGAAGAUAUCAGACAACAGCCAAAGACUCUACUAUACGAGUCCUGUUUUUAUUUUGGCUCAUCUGGCUCUCCUGUCUUUGACGAACACUGCAAUGUUGUUGCAAUGCAUUCAGGCGGGUAUGUCUACCCCAAUGCAGGAAAGGAUGAAAUCCAGAGUGUCAUAGAGUAUGGCUAUCCUUUGUCCGAUAUUAUGGAACGCAUUGUUAUCCAAAUGGUGCAAAGAGACAGGUUUGAUGUUUUGAAGGAAUACCUGGAUUGUGAUCAUGCUCAUCAGAAAAGGGUGAUGAGCAAUGUGAAGAACCUGGUUGAGGGCAGAAAUAUCAUCGCAUUUAAAAACAGAGUCAACGACCCACUGAUCUGUAAUGACGAGGGUUUGAAGAAGUUCUUUGAGUUCUUCUCUCAGAUGGAUGAACCUGUCCCAAUGGACACUGGAAAUUGAUUGAGCGACACCGACAGUAACCCAGCUGACCAAUGAUUCAGUGCAAACGGUUCAAGUUGUGUGCAAAAAAAAGUAUCUGUUUUCAUUUUUUAAGGAGACUUAUCGUUGUCUGUCACAAAGGGGUGCAGAGAUUGGGAUAAAGAUCUCAAACAACUUGCUGUAUACAGUCCCUCGCCAAGCAGGUUAUGUUUUUGUGUUAUUGUUUAUUUGUCUUUAAGCUGUGGAAGAAUCCGUAGAAAUUUGGAGUGUAUACAAAUCACUGGGAUAUACACAUUUUUUACUUAUUGAAACGGCCUUGUCUGAGGUUUGUGCUAUCUUAAGUGCCCUUAGAGUACUUUUUAAGUCACAAAUAUCAUUUUAACAAUAAAGGUAAAUAUGGUUUCUCCAAUUUUACCACAUGUUGUCGCCGCUUGUUUUUGUGGAUAUUUUAUUUUUACUAUAUAUUUUGUACAGAGUGCAAUUCUUAAAGCAGUCUGUUAAUAGUAUGUGUAUUGAGUUGUGAUGAUCUGUUUUAAAUACUCUUUGGGGGCAGAAGGUUGCCGGGUUGUUCAGAUUGAAAGAGAUAAACUAUCGGAGGCAAUUUUGAAUGUUCAUAAAGGGAUUGAUCUUAAUAUGAGCUGCAUUGGAUGUUGGUAGAGGGUUUUGAGUUGGGACCCCACUCUGACAUUAAGACCCAUUUCUUGUUUUGAGGAAUGAAUCAUUAGGAGUGUUGCACACCUGUGCUGGUGUAACUGCUCAGCCAUAUCAUUAUGAAUGCAUCCACACUGCACACUUAAGUUAGUUUAAUAAUGAAUAAGAAAAAAUGCCAAAGAUGAAGUAUUUCUAGGAAAAAACAGUGUUUAAAAACAUUGCUUAGUUUGUCCACCAGAGAGCACUGAUUUAAACGUUCAGUUGGUCACCAUUCAGAAAUGUUUAAAAUAAAUGAUCAAUCAGAUUGUUUAAAAAAUCAAAUAUUGUUUUCAGCCUCAAAGAUCUACUUUUUACCUUUUUAUGUCUUUAGGGUUUUUUAAAGAAAAUAUUACAUUUUGAAUGUUCAUUAAAUCUCGUUUAUUUGUAAUGUCUAACAUUUUUAAAAUAUUUAGUACAAUAUUGAAAAUUGUAUUGUAAACAUUAAAAAAAAUGUUUUUUAAUACAUGAAUAAUGAUCGAGAAGAUGAAUAAUGAUGA